AUGGCCCCCUCCCAGCUCCCCCCGAUCUUCAACCCUACCUCCCAGGACAUUGAGCAGCUCCUGGCUGCCCAAUGCCACCUGGGAUCCAAGAACCUCCAGUCCCACAUGGAGCCUUACCUCUGGAAGACUCGCCCCGACGGUGUCAACGUUAUCAACAUUGGCAAGACCUGGUACAAGAUCGUCCUGGCCGCCCGUAUCAUCGCUGCCAUCGACAACCCGGCCGAUGUCUGUGUUAUCUCCGCUCGUCCCUACGGUCAGCGUGCUGUCCUGAAGUUCGCUUCCCACACCGGUGCCACCGCCAUCGCCGGUCGCUUCACCCCCGGUAACUUCACCAACUACAUCACCCGCUCUUUCAAGGAGCCCCGCCUCAUCAUCGUCACCGACCCCCGCACCGAUGCUCAGGCCAUCAAGGAGGCCAGCUACGUCAACAUCCCCGUCAUCGCCCUCUGCGACACUGACUCCCCCACCGACUUCGUUGACGUUGCCAUCCCCACCAACAACAAGGGUCGCCACGCCAUCGGUCUCGUCUGGUGGCUGCUCGCCCGUGAGGUCCUCCGCCUCCGUGGUACCAUUGCCUCCCGCGAGGUUGACUGGGACGUCGUUGUCGACCUGUACUUCUACCGUGACCCCGAGGCUGAGGAGAACAAGGAGAUCGCCGACGAGACCAAGGUUGCCUCCGCCGAGGAGGUUGGCCCCGCUGCCAUCGAGUCCGGCUACGCUGGUGACAACUGGGACACCGCCGGUGCUGGUGCUGGUGCUCCUGGCACUGCUUUCUCCGCUGCUACCGCUGCUGCUGGUACCAGCUGGGAGGCUGACGGUGCCGACUGGGCUGCCAGCUCUGCCGCUCCUGCUGGCGAGAGCUGGGCUGAGACCAAGCCCGCUGAGGGC